CAGAAAAGAAUAGGGGAAGUUAUUUUUUCAGAGGCACAGAUCUGCGGUGGCCUUGGGGCUGGUACGGAAGCCUAAAACUUGUGAUGCAACAUGUCUUUUUGUUGAUAAUUUGUUCUCAUUUAACAGUCAGUCCUCAUUUGCAAGCACUUUACCCUACAUGGAGUAACAGGUCUCCUUUAGACCUGUUGAACUUUAUGUGCAAGACUAAGCAAUAGUAACAGAAUUUUAGGUCUCAGGACACUCAUGGAGCCUCAAAAAACACCUUGGCAAUUACUUUGAAACAAUCAGCUUCAUUCCCAAUUCUCCAGUGCUCACUACCCAGCAGCUUGACUACUCUCUGUUGAUGCCACGCAUAGAUAUUGCUGGUGUCACUAAACUUAUCUCCUUUGUACCACUCUGAUCAAAAGGAUGUGCAAUCGAAGCAGUUUCCAAUGCAGGAAGAGAAACCAGUGAAGUAAGAUAACCAAGAAGAUCUAUCCAAAAGAUAACCACCUCAGAGAAUACUAGAAUAUUUAUAAUUUUUUCAGAACAGAGGAGAUACAGCUGUGGUACUUAAAAACCCACAAAUGCACCUACACAGAUCACAGAUUUUGAGAAACCCAAACGCACAUGCUACUUUGCGCCUAUAUAAACGUUCAUACAUCUGUUAUAUUAUUUCUCUUUCACUCUGAAUGAGAAUGGACUCUGUAUCAUUUGUAUUCCUGGCUUUCUUCAUCCAGUACACUAUAGCAGAUGGCAUUAUAAAUGGAAAAGAAGUUUCUAAACAUUCUAAACCCUACAUGGCAUUUCUCAAUAUCACCGGUUAUGACAAACCAGAAAAUCGAUGUGGUGGAAUCCUGAUAAGUGAAAACUUUGUCUUGACAGCAGCACAUUGCAAAGGAUCCCAAAUUGUUGUGACAUUGGGAGCUCAUAAUAUUGAUAAGUGGGAAAAAGUACAGCAGAAGAUAGAUGUCUGUGAGCAAAUUCAGCACCCGUUGUACGAAAAAGAUGAGAGCAAAGACAUUAUGCUGCUUAAGCUGAGGAAGAAAGCAGUGCAAAAUAAAUAUGUCUGUCCUAAAUGGCUCCACAAAAGUGUACCAAAACUAAAGACUGGAGAUCUUUGCAAUGUUGCUGGAUGGGGUCGAAUUAAUACAUUCAAUCACAACAUGGCUUCAAAACUGCAGGAACUUGACAUGAAAGUAGUUGCUCCAAAUGAGUGUACUAAAGCUUUCCCAAACUACAAUACGAAAGAAUUAAUCUGUGCUCAGAACAUUAUAAAAUCAAAAUCUACCUGUUGGGGUGAUUCUGGUGGACCUCUCUUUUGUGGCAAGUAUCUUUAUGGGCUUGUACAUGGUGGUAAAGGAGACUGCACUGGCCCUCGCCUUUUCACCAGUGUUUUCUCUUAUAUUGACUGGAUCAAUAGCUCCCUAAAAAAACCAAAGUGCAAGAAAGAAAGCUACUGAUUGUGAGCACAGGAACCAACUUCCUAAGCAUGAACACAAUCGAGAAUUUACAUUAGAGGUUAUACAUUGUGAACCUCAAGAACAUGUUGUAAUUACUUCUCUCUAAAGACAACAUUACCCUCCAUGCCCAGUAGCACGCAUAUAUACUGCAUUUUUUUUUUUUAAUUAAACGAUAUUUUAAUAUUAGAGGAGCAUUUAAAACUGAUUCUUUUUAGUUGUAAGACAUUGGGUAUAUACAUGUAUUGCUAUCUUUUGACUUUUCAUAGGGGCCUUAUUAACAUAAGACUCGUGAAUUAUUACACAGGACAUAAAAGUCAGUAAUUAUCACAAGCAGAAAAUACACAUGGAGCAGGAAUUCAUCAUCCUUAAAUCCUCCCAUCUAAAUCUUCCUCCGUACAACUCACUAAUCCUCAGUUUCACUGUGCAUUCUUUCUAUUCACACAGCACACUCAUAAAUAAAUCUCUCUCCAGCAAAGUACAUCUAUCCUACCAAAUAUGUCCCUCAAGCCUCAAUCCAGGCAUAAACUGAGCUUCAAUACUGAUUAGAGAUUCAACCAGGUUUCUACCUUUUUCAGGAGAGUUUGGAUUCAGCUGAAUCCAAGUACGUGGCCUAACGCUUCCAGUUGGAAAGAAAAUGCAGCUCUAUGCUUUAGCUAGAGUUGCCACCGGGCUGGUAAAUAUGAUGCCAGUAUUAUAAAUGGGGGGGAAUAGGCAAAAAUAUAGAAAGAACGGUAUUUUUUCCAGAAAUUCGGGUCCACCCUUUUGGAGUGCAUUGAUGGAGCAAUCAGUUCUGGAGUGCAAGGACCUGCACUCCAGGGUAGGUUGCAAAGUGUCAAAACAUUCCAGCUUGUGCCUGCUUUUUGCACUUUGCUCCCUGUCUUGGGGUCAGUAAAUGAGCCUUCAUACAUUUAAAUAAAAAAUUAUCACAUUUUGUAUUGAAAGGGAGAGUUUGAUAGCUUGCUCAUUAACAAUAAUAUACAUAAUAUACAUAGGCUUACUCUUCAAAAAUAAUUUGCUAGAACCUAUAGCACAAAAAUGUGCAUUCUACAGCCCUCCCAGCUGUUACUGAGGAGUGGUCCUACAACUGCUGGAAGACUGCAUUUUUUUUGUAACUUAUAUUUUAUAUCUCAUCAAAGAAAAAAUAAAACAUGUUUGAUACAGUCUACAUCAUACAUGUGGAUAUAUUCAACACGAUUUCAAAUUUGAAAUUUGUAAAAUAUGUUACUUUAUUGGUUCCAUUAAAAUUUGUUAGCUUCGGUACAGUGUAUGAUAAUCACCAUUGACGCGUUUCAUGCCCUACGGCACUUCCUCAGAGUGUUACAGAUUUCUUACAAGGCAUAACUUUAUAGCAUAUCUAAAUGACAAACAAUUCACACAGUGUGAUUCUUAAAGGUGUAUUACACAUAUAUAAACCAAAUUUCUCUUCACAUUUCUCUUCAGAUUUAUAUUCCCUAUAUAUAUCUAUUAAGAUUUUUAAGACAAUCACAAGUUAUUAAAAGAACUCUUUUUGAUUCCAUGUAUGUUUUUUCUCUUUUGGGGAUAGUUAGAUUGCACAUUGUGGAAAUUUACUUAAAGAAAGCAUUAUUUUACAUAUUGUCAACUUAAUAAAUUGAUCUAUUCAAUAUAGUAUUUAAUCUCCCAAUCUUUAUUUAAACCUACUGGUUUUUCUGUUUCUAAAGUAAACAUCCACCAUGUUUCUCUUUUAUUGAUUCAUUUCUCCAAAUCCCCCUUUCUCCUAUCUAAUCUGACAUGUUCUAUGCCUUGGAAGGAUAUACAUCUAUCAUUACCAUUAUGUUUAUUUAAAAUAUGUUCAGCUAUAGCAGAUGAGACGUCUUUUCUCCCUACACAUGCUAUAUGUUCCAAAAUCCUAUCCUUCAUUCUCCGCAUGGUUCUACCUACAUAUUGGCUUCCACAUAUACAUGUUGCCAGAUAUAUCACAUUAUCAGUUUUGCAAUUUACCGGUAUAUAGGAUUUACAGUCAUAUUCUUUGCCUGUAACUGAACUCCUAAAGCCCUUUGAUACAUUUAUAUAAUUACAAGCCUUACAAACCCUUGCUCCACAUUUGUAGGUAUCUACAUAUGUUAACAAAUUAGGUCUUCUAUGUUCUCGUUUUUCGGGUAGCAUGCUAGGGGAUAUAUGGCUAGCAAUUGAUUUACUUUUCCUAUACGUAAACCAUGGCUUAUCAAUGUUUAAUAACGGAUCCGCACUGAUCACAUGCCAAUGUUUCAUUAUUAUCCUUUUUAUAUCAGUUGCCUCAUUGCUGUAAUCUGUCACAAAAUAAACUUUUUCUCUAUCA